AUGAUCAAUAUUGUAAGUACACAUAUUAAAUUGUUUAACCACUUCUUAUUCCCUUCUCGUUUUCUUUUUAUAGGCAACCAAAAGAAUGAAAAUGAUGAUCAAUAUAGUAAUCGAAAUCGUUUUAGAAUACAAGCACCGCAUUCAUUAAAUUCAUCAGCCGCAGUAGCAACAGCAACAACAACAUCAAUUCAAUCAACUAUCAAACUUUAUGAUCAAGUCAAACAAGAGCUUCAAGAUACUGGACGAUAUCUAAAAUGUGCACCUUCCUCUGAAUCCCUUUUGGCUCUUAUUGGAUGUGAUGAAACAAAGAGGAAAAGCCAUAAAAUUAAUUCUUCAUUUGACGACAAAUCAACAACAUCUACUUCUAUCGAUGAUUAUGAACAAUAUCCUUCCUGGUAUCAAGCAAUUUCAUCCUCAUCAACAUCAUCUGAUAUACCUGACAUGCUGACCAUUCACAAUUUGUUUUCGACAUUGCAAACCAGUUUUGGAUUCCAAAUGGAUAGUAUGCGCAAUAUGAUGGAUCAUUUGUUGACAUUAUUGGAUUCUAGAGCAUCUCGCAUGUCAGCAACUCAAGCCAUCGUCACUUUACAUGCUGAUUAUGUUGGUGGACCUCAAGCUAAUUAUAGAAAAUGGUACUUUUUGACUCAACUCACGAUCACUGAUAAUGAUGAUGAUAAUGAUCUGGAACACAAUUGGCAAAAAACAAUGGAGAAUAUUUCUCAUCUGGAUCGACUGGAGGAUCUAGCAUUAUGGUUGAUGAUAUGGUCAGAAGCAUCCGUAUUACGAUUUUGUCCUGAAUUACUCUGUUUUAUUUUUUACUUGGCGAAACAAUUCAAACAACACUCCACCUCCUCUUCUUCUUCCUCUGAACUAUUCUAUUUGACAUCGGUGGUGACUCCUUUGUAUAUAUUUAUUCAAGAUCAAUCCUAUUAUCCAUCGAACAAGCAUACUGCAACGCGACAAUCAAAGGAACGUGAUCAUGCCCAAGUAAUCGGUUACGAUGAUAUUAAUCAAUUUUUCUGGUCUGCUUCUUCUAUCGCCACUUUACGUUCUACUCUACCAACUUCUUCUUCUUCUUCUGAUGGAUCUCAACUUCUGAUGGAUUACCCACCUCAUCAACGAUAUACAGCCCUCGGAUAUGUCCAAUGGAGUAACGCUUUCAAAAAAACUUUCAAGGAAAAACGUUCUUGGUUACACUUGGCUGUCAACUUUACUCGCAUUUGGAUUCUACAUAUUGUUUCCUUUUGGUAUUAUAUUGUUCCAAAUGUCUCUUUUCUCUAUCUCCACUCAACACAACAACGACAACAACAACAACAUUCAAUCAAUGAUGUAAUAAUCAACAAUGAGCUCGAUGAAAAGGAUAGACAACAUGAAUUGGCAGUCAUCAUCUCCAUCACUGCCUUAGGAGGUGCAUUGGCAACGAUUUUGGUUAUCUUUGGAAGUAUCAUGGAAUACAUGUAUGUCCCUCUGGUCAAUUGGAAACAAGUUGGGUUAUUGAUACGACGCUUGGUACUCUUGCUGAUUAUCCUGAUAGUGAAUGUUGCUCCCUCUGUGUAUUGCUGUUGGUAUGAUCGUGUCAGUCUUAUCGCGAAAGUCAUUGCGACGAUCCAAUUGCUCCUUGGUAUCGGUACUACAGUUUUUCUUGUCCUGACACCUCAAGCGCAGUUAUUGGUACCGACCAUUAGAAAAGAGCAUCCUUUUCUCGAAUUUUCUCCAUUACGUCGACAAGAUCGUAUAGUUUCCAUUGGUCUGUGGUCCUGUGUUUUUGGCUGCAAAUUACUUGAAUCCUAUUUCUUUUUAGCUCUCCCCUUCAAGGAUCCUUUACGAUUGGUGGCAGCAUUACACCUCGAAUGCACCACAUUUCUUUGUCAAGCCAUGCCUUUGAUCACCAGCGUAUUGAUGAUACUCACCGAAUUGAUCUUAUUUUUUCUCGAUACUUACCUAUGGUAUGUGAUCUGGAAUACCGUGUUUUCAAUUGUGCACUCCUUUUAUGUUGGUAUGUCCAUCCUGACCCCUUGGAGAAAUAUAUUCACAAGAUUGCCAAAAAGAAUUUAUGCCAAAUUGCUGGACCCUGAUUCUGAAGCAGCUGGUCAUCCAAAAACUAUGUGCUCUCAAAUUUGGAAUGCUCUGAUAUUGUCCAUGUUUCGUGAACAUUUAUUAUCUGCUGAUCAUGUUGCCAAACUUUUAUAUCAACAGAAUUCCAAAGAUGCUAAUUCGACUCUCAGUCCACCUACAUUCUUUGUCAGCCAACAAGAUAAAGCGUUCGACACAGAAUAUUAUCCUCCUGAAAGUGAAGCUGAACGUAGACUUCAAUUCCUUGCUUCCAGUCUCGCUUCACCCAUGCCUGAAGCUGUUCCUGUACCACAGAUGCCUACAUUCACUGUCAUGACACCGCAUUAUAGUGAAAAGAUUCUUCUCUCGUUACGUGAAAUCAUUCGUCAAGACAAUAAAGAUACUCGCAUCACUCUGUUGGAAUAUUUACGUCAUCUGUAUAACUUUGAAUGGAAUAACUUUGUGAACGAUACCAAGAUUAUGGCUGAAACUUCUCCUUCUUCUAUUCACUUGACUGCUCAAGAUCAAUGUCUUGCGGAUGAAGCUCUGGAUACAUCAUCAACGACAUCAUCGGAAAGAACAGCUACCAACUUAUCAUUCAACAACAAUGACAACAACAACAACAACAACAACAAGGCCGAUGAUUUGCCGUUUUAUUAUUUAGGAUUCAAGUCUGCUACUCCAGAGUAUACUCUUCGUACUCGUAUUUGGGCUUCAUUGCGUUCACAGACUUUGUAUCGUACCAUCUCUGGAUUUAUGAAUUAUCACAAAGCUAUCAAACUCUUAUAUCGUGUGGAAACUCCUGAACUUUUAAUGUAUCAUGAUGAAUCUCGAUUGGAAAAGGUCUUGGAUCGUAUGGCUAAUCGUAAAUUUCGGUUCCUGAUCGCCAUGCAACGCUAUUCGAUUUUUAGCCAAGAAGAACGCGACAAUUUGGAGUUCAUUUUUAGUAUCUACCCGAACUUGCAAGUGGCCUAUAUUGAAAAGGAAUCCAACGAAAACAACCAAGAAUCUUAUUAUUCUUGCUUGAUUGAUGGUCAUUGUGCUUUGAACGAACAAAACCAACGUAUUCCGAUCUAUCGUAUCCAGCUACCUGGUAAUCCUAUAUUAGGUGAUGGCAAAUCUGACAAUCAAAAUACUGCUUUGAUCUUCUACCGCGGCGAAUAUCUACAAUUGAUCGAUGCUAAUCAAGACAAUUAUUUGGAAGAAUGUCUCAAGAUCCGUAGUGUUCUUGGUGAAUUUGAACCUUUGUCAUCAUCUUCUUCUUCUUUUUCUCCUUAUGAUCUAUCUCAACAUUCAUCAGGUCCAGUGGCAAUUGUUGGUGCAAGAGAAUACAUUUUUUCGGAGAAGAUUGGCGUCCUAGGUGAUGUGGCUGCUGGGAAAGAACAAACUUUUGGUACUCUGACUCAACGUGUGAUGGCUACUAUUGGUGGAAAGUUGCAUUAUGGUCAUCCAGACUUUUUGAAUGCAGUCUUCAUGACAACACGUGGUGGUGUAAGCAAAGGACAAAAAGGACUUCAUCUGAACGAAGAUAUUUAUGCUGGAAUAAAUGCCUUUCAACGUGGUGGACGGAUCAAACAUGUGGAAUACUAUCAAUGCGCGAAAGGUCGUGAUCUUGGAUUUGCAUCAAUUCUGAAUUUCGUCACUAAAAUAGGAUCCGGUAUGGGUGAACAAAUGCUAUCGCGGGAAUAUUAUUACUUGGGUACCAAUUUACCUUUGGAUCGAUUUUUGACCUUCUACUAUGCUCAUCCUGGAUUCCAUAUCAAUAAUAUUUUUAUCAUGUUGGCUGUACAGAUGUUCUUACUUGUACUUUUAUUUAUCGGUGCUCUUCGUUUGCCAUUGACCUUAUGCUCUCAAGAAAAAAAGAAUGAUACCUCUUGUUAUGACCUGAUGCCUGUUUUUGAUUGGAUCAAACGUGUGGUACUUUCUAUAUUUGUCGUCCUCAUGGUAUCUCUUUUGCCACUCUUUCUUCAGGAAUUGAACGAACGUGGUUUCUGGCGUGCAUUGACUCGAUUGGGCAAGCAUAUGAUUUCCAUGUCUCCUCUAUUUGAAAUCUUUGUUACUCAAACUUAUUGUUACUCAAUCCUCAGCAACAUGACAUUUGGUGGUGCCAAAUACAUCGGAAGUGGUCGUGGAUUUGCCAUUACUCGUCACUCAUUUGCCACGUUAUACAUGCGAUUUGCUGAUUCAAGUCUUUAUAUGGGUGCACGUCAUGGAUUGAUCUUGUUAUUUGCAUCUUUGAUUGUAUGGAUGCCUCAUUUGAUCUAUUUCUGGGUCACAUUUAUUGCUUUGGUAUUAUCUCCCUUUGUAUUCAACCCACAUCAAUUCUCUAUGAUUGAUUUUUUGAUCGAUUACAAGCAAGUGCUGGAUUGGUUCUUUCGUGGUCAUGGCUCUGAUAGCAAGACAACGGCUACCUGGAUCUCUUUUUGUCGUCUAUCACGAAUGCGGAUGACCGGUAUCAAGCGUCAAGGUACAUCAUCGUCUAUAGCCACACCUCCAAGAGCAAAACGUAUGGGUGUCCUGUUUUCUGAAAUAUGUCUGCCAUUAGUGUACUGCUCCCUCUGUAUUACUGCUUAUCUGUUUGCUCAUGAUUCUUUCUCUGCUGAUGUUGAUCAACACGACAACGACAAAAUUAGGAUGAUCAAAGGAUUAUCUCGGAUUGGUCUUCUAGCGAUAGCGCCUUUAGUGAUGAAUGCGGGUUUAUUAUUGGCAUUGUUCUUCUUAUCUUUGCUGGUGAAUCCUUUUGUGUCUUUUGUGGGGAACAAAGAAAAAAGCAAAUGGGGUUCUACAAUGGCAGGAAUUGCACAUACAUGGGCUGUCAUGAAUCUCGUCGCUUGCUUUGGUAUGAUGUAUCUCUUGGAAAAUUGGAAAGUUCCAUCCUUACUCCUGGCACUGAUCGCUGUCUGUGCUACUCAACGCUUUAUUGUCAAACUGCUGACUCUAUGUCUCUCAAGAGAAUUCUACAAUGGACAAUGUAAUUUAGCUUGGUGGUCUGGUCGGUGGUAUGGAAGAAAGCUUGGAUGGCACAGUUUUAGUCAACCUCUUCGAGAAUACAUGUGUAAAAUUGUGGAAUGUACACACUUUGGUACCGAUUUUAUCCUUGUACAUAUGAUCCUGAUGGUUUUGUUUCUAUUUUGCUUGGUACCUUCCAUGGAUCGAUAUCAUACUUGGAUGAUGUUUUGGACAAUGCCUAAUCAGCAAGAACACACGAACACAGUAUACACAUUACGACAACAAAAAUAUCGACGACGGAUUGCUCUUUGGUAUGGACUUUUAUUCAUUCUGAUCAUAUUAGGCAUUUUGGCUAUCAUGGUCAUUCCUUUUGUUUUGGGUCCCCAUUUGGCACUUCCCUCUUCCUUCCCAUUCUUAGCCCACUUCCCUACCUUCAUUCAAUAGUAUCGUAUAUGGGAAAAGCAAUAUCAAAUUUCCGAAAUAAAAUAUCAGAUUUCCGACAUUUUACGGUUAAAAUGAAAUAAUAUUAUCCAAAGUCAAUUUUUUUUUAAAAAAGAAACAAGUUUAUUGUAAUAAAAAAGUAAAAAUCUC